AGUCGAAGAUAGUGGAUUUAGAGCUAUGCUUCAUGUAUUUGAUACACGGUAUAAAUUGCCAUCACGUGCGACCAUGCGCAAUGUACUCAUGGCAAGGCAAGUAGAGGAAAAGACGGCAAAAUUGGUUGAAAUUUUAAAGCACGUGAAGCAUUGUGCCAUUACGACUGAUCUUUGGACUUCUCAAGCUAAUGAGACGUAUUUAACAGUCACUUGCUCAUUUAUCUCAAAGGACUUCGAUCUGCGCACAGCCGUGUUAUCCACAAAUAAGUUAGAUUCAGAGGCAAAUCAUUCUUGGCAGAACAUUGCGGAAUCGCUAAAAGCUAUUUUUUUUAAAAUGGAACAUAUCUUCAAAAGUAAUAGCUAUAGUAACGGACAAUGCAAGCGCAAUGAUAAAAGCAUGUGAGCUGUUGCACAAACGAAAUAUACCAUGCUUUGCACACACAAUAAAUUUAGUUGUGCAAGAUUGCCUAAAACUGCAUUGCUUGGCUUUUUUAUUAUCUAAAUGUAAAAGCACUGUAAAAUUUUUUAAAAAUAGUACAAUUAUGUACAACAAACUUAAAGAAGCCCAAAAAAUCGAAAAAAAAUACAGCCUCAAACAGGAAGUUCCUACCCGUUGGAACAGCGCCUAUUACAUGAUAGAUCGAAUUUUAAAUGUGUAUGAUGCUAUCAAUAGUGUACUUUUGAUGGUAUCUAAAGCACCACCUCCGUUUACUGCGGACGAAAUUAACCUUCUAAAGGAUUUAGCAAAGCUACUGUCUCCAUUUGAGAGUGCCACAAAACAGAUCUCAUCAAGCACCACAGUGACCAUAUCCCUUAAAAUUCCGAUCACUUGUGGACUAAUGCACAAUUUAGAUAAAAUUAAAAAUAAUUUAACCACAACAGAAGGAUUGGAAGCGUACACAUGCUUAAUCGAUGGUAUCAAAAAUAGGAUGUCUAAAUAUGAAGAGCGUUCACUGCCUCGAAUCGCUACAUUGCUAGAUCCACGAUUUAAAAAGCAAGGCUAUCGUUCACCUUUUAAUGCUGUUCAAGGGGAAAAGCUUCUCGAAAAUGAACUCGCUUCCCUAGAUUCCCUUGAUUCAGACCAACCAGAGCCAUUAACGCUCACUGAAAAAACCACGAAGACUAGCCAAACUCUCUUUGAAUUUGUGCAAAAUAACAUUCAAGCCGUGCCUCGGACUAAAAGGUCAAACGCUAUAUUGGAGCUUCGUCAAUACCUUUUAAAGAUGAAUUCAGAAGAAGACGUGGAUCCUUUAAAAUAUUGGAAGUACAAUGAAGGUGCACUAAAAGUUCUUGCGGAAAAAUUUUUAUGUGUACCAGCUACUUCGACGGAAUCGGAGAGGAUGUUCAGUAAGGCUGGGCUUGUUAUAAGCAAUCGACGGGCUUCCCUAAAGGCAAACCAUGUUGAUAUGCUUCUAUUCUUACAAAAAAAUGACUGGAUUAAUUAAAGUUGCUUAGUUCUAUUUUUUUUCUUUUCAAGAAAUCUAAUGGAUCUCAUUAGUUUGAUAUAGUUUGUAAUUUAUAAGAGGUUUGAAGUGCUUUGUAGUUUUUAAGAAACUUACAGUGUUUUGUAGAUUAUAAGAAGUUUGUAGCUUAUA